CAAGAGACCGCAUCAGGCAGCACUCAACCCACCCACCACACACACACUCAUCAACAGCUGCCCAUCAUUCAGGCCAGGCAGAGACACACUCCCAUCAUGCAGCGUCCAACGCGGCUCGCCAUCACCGUCCUGGUCUCCCUCUUUGUCUUGUGGAAACUCAUGACAUUCGGCAAGGGAGGCAGCAGCAGUGUUGAUACACCUGGCAGCAGCACAGGGACCGGUACAGGCGGUAAGGUCAAGCAGGCUGUGAAAGGCGCGUACGAUGCAACGGUCCAACUCAAAGAUUCUGUCGGUGGUGGACGCGUACAAGAGUACCUCUCUGGUUUAUCGGAAGGUGCCAAGUAUGCCAUGAACACACCACGGGCCAAUGCCACUUUUGUCACACUGGCUCGCAACUCUGACUUGCAUGAGAUUGUCAAAUCCAUUCGCAAUGUCGAGGACCGCUUCAACCACAACUUCAACUACCCCUGGGUCUUCCUCAAUGAUGUCCCUUUUGACGAUGAGUUCAAGCGCGUCACAUCUGCCAUGUGUUCCGGUAAAGUAGAGUAUGGUGUCAUCCCAGACGAUCACUGGGGCAUGCCUUCCUUCAUUGACAAGGACAAGGCUGCUGAGACACGCAAGCAAAUGGGCAAGGAUAAAAUUAUCUAUGGUGACUCUGAGUCGUAUCGCUACAUGUGUCGUUACGAAUCGGGAUUCUUUUAUCGACACCCACUCAUGAUGAAGUACGAGUACUACUGGCGCGUGGAGCCGUCGAUUGAAAUGUACUGCGAUGUUGAUUACGACCCUUUUGUCUUUAUGAAAGAAAAUAACAAAGUCUACGGCUUCACCAUCUCCUUGUAUGAGUAUGAGAGUACCAUCAAGACACUCUGGGAGGAAACCAAAAAGUUUAUGAAGAAACGACCGGAACUGAUGCCGAAGAACAACCUCCUCGAGUUCAUCUCGGAAGACGGCGGCGACACCUACAACAAGUGUCAUUUCUGGUCCAAUUUUGAGAUUGCAAAACUUGAUUUCUGGAGAAAAGGUGCGUAUGCGGAAUACUUUGACCAUCUCGAUCAAGCAGGCGGCUUCUUCUACGAGCGAUGGGGCGAUGCACCCAUUCAUUCAAUUGGCGCUGCGUUGUUUGCAGAGAAGGACCAAAUUCAUUGGUUUUCUGAUAUGGGCUAUUACCAUGUUCCUUUUACGCAUUGUCCAGUGGACCCCAAGAUGCGAGAAAAGUGUCAUUGCGAUGUCAAGGAGAGCUUUGACUGGAAGGGCUGGAGUUGCACACCGCGCUUCCACGAUGUCAUGAAACUUGAGCGUCCUGCAAACUGGAAGGAUCACAGUAAUUAGAAGCUUCUGCCUCACUCAUAUCCAUCCCAUAUCCAUUAUCUCAUUCCAGUCAGCUUGUCUCUUGCUAUUCAGCAUCCUUGAUCUGCUGCCACUCCGCAGGUGUGUAAUCGCGCUGUGUAAACGCAUGCACGGCCUUCACCUCCUCCAUCAACUCCUUCAUCACCAGCUUAUGCCGUUGUAAUGUCCGUAGCCCUUCAAACUUCCCAGACACAAUCACCACCUCGUACGCUUGUCCGCAUCCACCACUGAUAUCCUCAAUUUCAACAUGCGUUGCUGCAAGGCGUGACCGGAUCGCUGUGUCGAGUUGUUGGCGAUCGACGCCGGAUGUGGUUGACGGUGCUGAUGUGUCUUCUGCCAUGGAUCUCGUCUUGACUACUGCUUCAGGAUU